UAAAUAAAUUUCGCAUUUUAUCCAACUUUUCGAAGCUAAAUUUUACAACUUGUUUUUAUUUUAUUUUAUUUUUUUGAAAAUAUUUUUUUUUUUCAAUUGUUCAAUUUUGAAACCAAAAAUGAACUGUUCAAAUUGUACUGUAAGUGAGACUAAUUUGAGAGCAAAUGAAAUCGGUGAAACCAUGUGUGAAAAUGGACACAAUUUAUGCAUAAAUUGUUACACUUUAUCCCCGAAAAGAUGCAUACAAUGUGGAGGGCAAUUAAUUGAUUGUAAUGAAAAUGUUCUAAUGAGCAAACUUAAUGCCAACUGGGAUAUAGAUCAAAUUUGCAAUUGGAUGAAAUUUAAUGAAAAACAUUCUCAAUAUUCGAAUGAUAGUUUGGAUGCAGAAGUGGAUGCUUUGGCGGAUGAAACAUCUAUGAAUUUGUUAUAUUCUAGAGCAAAAAGUCUUGACAAAGAAAGCUUAGAUAACCAACAUAGUAGAAAUAAUUGGAAUUCAAAAUGGAUUGAGUCCAGAGAAAGUCGAACUCCAAAGAUAAAUGAAAAUAUCAAUUUUCAAAGACAAAGUCCAACACAUGUUGAAAACUUUGUACAAACAGAACGCAAAUCAAGUAUUGAAAGAACGGAUACUCGUCAGAAUCUUUUGGAUCAAAUGAGGAAUGAAAUUCGAGAAAAAAUUAGGGAAGAAUUGUACAACUCAUUUAAAAACGACACAAGAAACCUAAUAAGACCUGAGGAAUUUAUGUGCAAGAUACCAUCUAAGACGAUAGGGGUUUCCACAGAUUCGAAACCGAAUCUCUUGCCAGAAGUGCUGUCUUCUAAGAGAUCCAGCCAACACUCAGUUGACAUCAAAGAUUCGAACAAACAGACCAUUGUGGAUGCCCCUAAGGAGUAUUUAGUUAUGAAUGUCGAUACAAGACAACCUGUGAACCCGUGUUUAGUAGAAAAUGCCAAAGUUAAGAAGUCAUCAUCUGGAAUAGAUCAACGAUUUCAACAAGUUGUCGAAACUGUUCUAGAAUCUGAAUCAACAAAUCAAACACUAACGGAAGAUAAAAAUUUCUUAAAAAUUCUACAAGAAAAAUUUUCAAAAAUACCUCCAAACAAAAUUGAGCAAAUAAUAUCUUCAAUUUGUAACGCAGAUGAAUCGAAAAAUUCUAAUGAAGUUUGCUUCCAAUACAAGACCGAAAAUUCACAUACAGAAAAAUCCAAAGACUUUCUUCUUAUUUCGAAUUCAAGUCGAGCCUCUUACAGCCCACCAAAUUGCCAACAACUCUCAACUAUACCAAAACCUCAAUUCCAACUAAUUGCAAGUCAUACAAAUUCCCUUGCACAAAUAGUCGAUGCAGCAACUUUAAACAUUUCACGUAGCCCGGUUAUAUGCCCCAUAAGUUAUUGUCAACAACCACAUUUCGUGUCAAAUUUUACUCGCCACAUUGCUGUGGAUCAUAGUCAAGUGCCAUUGGAACGAAUGUUUCCUCGACAAUGCAAGAAUUUUUUUCUGGACCCCAAAUUGAUUCACUUUGGAUCGAACCGUUGUCAAAUGUUAUUAUUGGUCAAUGAUAAAAUAAGGAAUUUGGGACAUGAUAAGUUUAAGGAUUUUAUUCCUGUAUUGGUGAUGUCUACGAAAGUUAGUUCGUUUGAACUUUGUUGCAGUAAGCCGGAGUUUCAAGAUUGUCCAGAGAACCAUACAACGGGAAGCUUUCUAAUGAUAUGGUUAACUGGCAUAGUUGCACCACAGGAACCAAUAUUCUAUAGCUUGACUGUUUGGGCGAGAUCGGGAAAUGUGCCUUCAUGUCAUAUUGUACAUUCGGGACAGUUAUAUUCGGUUAGAAAUUCACAAAAUUCAAAAACUAUUCAUGAGAGCGGACAAAUGUUACUACUUUCUCAAAAUCAAGUUGAUCUACUUACAAACAAAGGAAGAAAUAUGCUGGAGUUACAAAUUCAAAUCAAUUGAAAAAAAAAAUCUAAAUAAAAUGUGAACAUUUUCUAUUUUUUAUUUA